AAACACCAUCAACUCUACACACUCGCCUAACAAUGGCAACCCCGACAGCCCUCCAGGGCAUCGCCAUGCCCUGGCGCACAUGCAAUCAAUGUAUCCGCCGCCACUACCUCCUGUCUCGUGGCACUGCGCGCCAACAACCGCGCCUUCACCUCUCCACCACCUCUCCCGUCCGCUCCCCCCCGGCCAGCAGCAGCCCUUCGAACCCCCUCCGCGCCUCCCGCGCGCGCACCACCGAGAAAGAAGUCGCGGGCGCGCAGCGCUCCAUCCUGCUGUCCGCUAGCGGGAUCGCCGCCUGCGCGAUCGCCAUGUACGGCGUCAUCAAACUCGACCUGUUCGGCCUCGAACAGUCGAAACAAUCCCAAAGCACCCCGACCGCCCAACAGGCCGCCGACCCCCUCACCACCAGCAACAAAACCCAGCUCGACGGUCCGCAAGGCUUCCCCAGCAGCCCCUCGCUGAUCAGUCUCCAAGGCCAAGACCCCGGUGCCGAGCAAGUAGCCACCGGCACCAGUUCCGUCCCCUUCUUCCCCGCGACCAUCCGCCUGCCCAAGCUCCUCGACUCCCCCGCGAUCCCGCUGCAGGCGAACGACGAGAUCCAGCUGUCCACAUCGACCGAAAAACCCGCCGACGAGGAGGAGUACCAGCUGCUCGGGCUAGGGAUCCGCACGGUCUCCUUCCUCCGCAUCCAGGUCUACGUGGUGGGCAUGUAUGUGGCCAAGUCGGACAUUUCGGAGCUGCAGCGCAGGCUGGUGCGCACAGCCGUCAACCCCCCCUCCGUUCCCUCGGGCGCAGCGGGGGAGACCGCGGAGGUGAUCACGAACCCGGUCGGCGCGACGUCGGCGACCUCGCUGGUCUCGACGGAGCGCGACCGCCUCCGCCAGCUUCUGCUGGAUAGCAGCGAGCAGGGCGAUCUCGUCUGGGACGCGAUCCUGCGCGAGGGCGGGCUGCGCACGGCGUUCCGCAUCGUGCCCGUCCGCAACACCGACUUCACGCAUAUGCGCGACGCCUUCGUGCGCGGCAUCACGGCGCGCGCCCAGAAGUACAACGCCGUUCGCCAGGAGUACGUCGAUGAGGCGUUCGGGGCCGCCGUCAAGACGUUCAAGGCGCUGUUCGGCGGUGGAAAUACCAAGAAUGUGCCCAAGGGGAACACCGUGCUGCUGGUGCGCAAUUCGCGCGGCCAGCUCGAUGCGCUGUUCCAGACCGAGGUCCCCGACAAGCCGGCCCGGUAUAUGGGACGGGUCGCCGACGAGCGCGUCAGUCGCUUGGUCUGGAUGAAUUAUCUGGCCGGCAAGAAUGUGUCGAGUGAGGCGGCCAGGGAGAGCGUGGUCGAUGGCAUUAUGGCUGUCGUCGAGCGGCCCGUGGGCACCGUCGUCCAGAAGGUCGUAUAGUCCCUGUGUAUGUAUGUAUGUAUGUAUGUACGGUAUAUCUGUUGGUAGUUCGUAUCGCUCUACGCUCCGACUCCUACCGUGGGUA